UAGGCGUAAAUAAAUAAUUAAAAACACAUUACAAUAGCCCUGGUUGUUUCCUGUCUGCGCGUGGACUCUCAACAAUGAACCGUGAAGUUUCUUAUGGCAAGCUCAAAAUCUUGUUCUUCAACAUCUUUGCCAUUCUUUAUAAGGCAGCUGCGCUCAACAUCUAUCGCCUGCACGCGGACUUGCGCGAGGCCAAGGUAGUUGUCAAUGCAUCGACAAAGCAGGAUGUCUGGAUACGAGAGGUCUUUAUUUUACUCAUAUCCGGGCUAUUACUGACGCGCUUCCUUCUGUGCUUUCUGGGUCUGGCUACGAACAUCAUAGCCAUCUACCCCUUGCUAACGAAUACGCAGGCUGAGCUGCUUAUGCCCACCAUUAUUGUGCAGUGUAUUGACAAUGUGGUGCUCAACAUUUACGAAACUGUGCUCGGAUACUGUAGUAUGGUUUAUCUACAGCCAAACAGCAUGGCAGUCUUUGCUGUGUUUCUAGCCAAGAUGAUGGUCAAAAUAAUCUGCUGCAUUUCAGUGCUCAACACCUACGCAGACCAGCAUCAUCAUCUAUCCACCUGCAAUGACGAGGACACGCGCAGCCUAGAAAUGCUCGGCAGUGAUGAAAUCGAGUUAACCUAUCAAAAUUUAAGUUAACAAA